CAUGAUUUACGAAGAUCGCCAGGCUGCCCUCGCUUCUUGACCUCCAGAAUAAAGAAUUUACGGUAGCUACGGCAGCUGCACUGUACCUUGCCUUCGAUCAUCCGACUGUUUAGCUCCGUCCGAAAUUGACCACAAACGGAGGCCGGAGCGGCACAGGCGGCAGCAGUUACCCCGCUCUCCAUCGCGAUUGCCCCGCCAUUUUAAACUGUUUCAAGCUCAGCCUUGAUUUUGGAUUCCCACUCAUAACGUCACCAACACUGCGACUGAUCCCCAGCCAGGUCCUCGGAACAACUACACCACCACAUCUCCCUCUUUACACCUUUUUGGGCCACCACUCCAUUCAGACACAAUCUGCCAACCCCCGCCUAGAUCGCCUUUCUGUUAACGCGCGGCAAGGCGCGCUAUUGGCAGUUUUCUUGUGCGCCAGUGUUUAUCCAACUUCAACCUCAACUAUGCCAGGCGUCGUCGAAGAUACAUCCGCCUCCUCGGGCAGGCUACUUCUCAUUUCCAAUCGCUUGCCCAUCACCAUCAAACGCUCCGAUGAUGGCCAAUACACCUUCUCCAUGUCCUCCGGCGGUCUCGUCACUGGCCUGAGCGGCCUGUCCAAAACCACAAGUUUCCAAUGGUACGGAUGGCCCGGUCUCGAGGUGCCAGAAGCCGAGGCGGGGCCCAUGAAGGAGCAGUUGAAAGAGAAAUACAAUGCGAUCCCAGUAUUCGUCGAUGAUGAGCUGGCUGAUCGCCAUUACAACGGCUUUGCGAACUCGAUCCUCUGGCCCCUCUUUCACUACCACCCCGGCGAGAUCACCUUCGACGAGUCCGCAUGGGCGGCAUACCGCGAGGUCAACCGGCUAUUCGCCAAAGAGGUGGUCAAGGACGUGCAGGACGGCGAUCUGGUCUGGGUCCACGACUACCACCUGAUGCUAAUGCCCCAGAUGCUGCGCGAGGAGCUUGGAAACACCAAAAAAAAUGUCAAGAUCGGCUUCUUCCUCCAUACUCCCUUCCCCAGCAGUGAGAUCUACCGCAUUCUGCCUGUGAGAGAAGCGUUGCUGCUGGGCAUCCUGGCGUGCGAUCUGAUUGGCUUCCACACGUACGACUACGCGAGGCACUUCUUGAGCAGCUGCUCCCGGAUCCUUGGAACGACAACGACACCCAAUGGCGUUGAGUGGAACGGCAGGUUUGUCACGGUUGGCGCGUUCCCGAUUGGCAUCGACCCGGAAAAGUUCGUCGAGGGUCUCAAGAAAGAGAGCGUCAAGAACCGCAUCGCCGCACUGAAACGCAAGUUCGAAGGCGUCAAGCUGAUUGUCGGCGUCGACCGGCUCGAUUACAUCAAGGGUGUUCCCCAGAAGCUGCACGCGCUCGAGGUGUUUCUCACGGAGCACCCCGAGUGGAUCGGCAAGAUUGUGCUAGUCCAGGUGGCCGUUCCCAGCAGGCAAGAUGUCGAAGAGUACCAAAAUCUGCGCGCCGUGGUCAACGAACUGGUCGGACGCAUCAACGGCCGGUUCGGCACCAUCGAGUUUAUGCCGAUUCACUUCCUGCACCAGUCGGUCACCUUCGACGAGCUCACGGCGCUCUAUGCCGUCAGCGACGUCUGCCUGGUUAGCUCAACGCGCGACGGCAUGAACCUGGUCUCGUACGAGUACAUCGCCACGCAGCGCGAACAGCACGGCGUCAUGAUCCUGUCCGAGUUCACGGGCGCCGCCCAGAGUCUCAAUGGCAGUCUCAUCGUCAACCCAUGGAACACCGAGGAGUUGGCCAACGCCAUCCACGAUGCCGUCACCAUGUCGCCCGAGCAGCGAGAGGCUAACUUCCAUAAGUUGGAACGUUAUGUCUUCAAGUACACGAGCGCCUGGUGGGGGCAGAGCUUCGUGACCGAGCUGACGCGCAUCUCGGACGAGGCUGCGUCAAAGGAUGAUAAAGAGGGGGCCAAGCUGUCGCUGAGGACUGCCGCCGAGGGCGUUGCGGGCGCCGCAAGCAAGGCGAUCCAGGGGGCGCACGAGGUUGUGGCGGGGCCUUCGGGGGAGAAGAAAGAGUAGGAGUAAUGGGGUGUGCGGUUUGCAUUGUUGAUGUCUGAUGCCGGGGAUGCGACUAGCGUUGAUGGAGAGAACCACUGGAGGACCCGAAACUUGUUUCGUGUCUUGUGGGAAUAUGCAGCGGCUGAUUGGAAAACCAAGCCUUUCUCCGUACGGUGAUGAGUGAGCCGUUUCGACGGCGUUGAGGGGUCUGUCUUGGUGGUUUAUGUUUUUAAGUUACUUUUAUUACUUGAUAGAAUGUUAACGUUACAGGAAGCGGGGCGCCGUUCUCGUCUUUGUUGUCACGCGGAACCAUAUAUGUUGGCGCACACGGGGUGUGUGCCCGCAUGAGCGGAC